CGAGAAUAUGAUCAAUCCACUCACGUUGGCUUCGAACAUGGCAACAGAUUUUCAAGCCUCUCGUUUGAAACAUGCAUGAGUCAAGCCAACCUAACCCACCUUCCUCUCUUAACUUUUCAUGCAUGCCCUCCUAUUUAAGGGACUCCAAGUGUCUCCAUUUCCUUCUCAAAUUGAAAAACAUCUAUCAAACACUUCCUCUCUUUCUCUGUCUCUGAUAUCUGUCUUAAAUUUCGGGCAAAGUUUUUAUAUCUUAAUUUCAACGCCAGAGCAUGACAACUUCGGCCCUCAAAGUUCAAGGCGUGGUGGUUCUGUUUCUGCUGGUGAACACUGUUUUCGCAGUCUUAGAGGCUCGUCCUUUGAGCAUCAUCGAGGAAGUGAACGAAGGCAUCAAAGAGGACGUGGAUGUGUUUGAUUGGUUGUCUCUGGGAUCAAUGAAGCAAUCGGGGCCAAGUGCCCCUGGUGAGGGACACAAGUUUACCAACUCUGAAACUUUAGGAGGAAUUAAGAACUCGGGUCCUAGCCCUGGAGGACAGGGACACAAGUUUACCCACAGCCAGACCCUUGGAGAUGUUAAGGACUCUGGUCCCAGCCCAGGUCAAGGGCACUAGCCAGUGGCCUUGUACCAUCUAAUUACCAAGCAACUUGCUGCAGAUUAGUUGAUUCCUUCAUUCCUUUCUUUAUACAUUAAUUCUUUAGCUUUUCAUCUUGGCUUUCUUGUUCUUGCAAAUGUUGUGUCGUCAAGAAUAUUAUUAUGAUUGUAUAAUGUUUGAAUAUAGGUUUUAUUUUGUCUGUUCACUUUGGAACUUUGCAGACACGCUGUAUGCUAAGCCUUUGUAAUUUUUAUUUUACAGUACCUACGGUACAAUGAUGGAACAAAAGUUCAUCGCGGAAAAAAUGCAUGCCAAUCUUUUAUAAUUAAUUUGUAAUUUACAACAAAUAAAUCCUAAUAGCUUAUAAUUCCUGUUA